UUUAGCUGCAGCUGCACGCGCUGGUUGUGCUCCUAUAAAAGCAGCUCGGGGCGCAGCGUCUCAGAGCGGCAGCGCGUCUCCUCCUUAACACCAGCUCCGGGUUUUAUGUCAACAUCACGGCAAUAACCACGGAUAUAGAGGUUUGUGCUUUGGAAGAUAAAGAAACAUUUCAUCUCUUGGAUUGAAGAUCCCCAGAGAUGGAAGGCCACUGAGUGACUCUCCCUAUGGCUCAGAGGAAGAGGCCUGGGGCCAGCAGCAGCAUGGCCUCAGCAGAGCUUCACACUCCAGCACCAUGCCCCUGCCCCGCCCCUUAUCCCAGCAAAGAGUGUGAAGAACGACAAGAUUCUGAAACCCCUGUACCCCCUUACUGUGACCAAGAGGAGGUAGACCUGCCCAGCAGUCAUCCUGCUACCCCAGAUCACACCCACUCCAAUUACCAUGGCCAUCCAGACAGCCUUGAUGGAGACUCAAGCUCAGACUAUGUAAACAAUACAUCAGAGGAUGAAGAGGACUAUGAUGAAGGCCUGCCUGAAGAAGAUGAGGGAGUGACAUACUACAUUCGCUACUGUCCAGAGGAUGAUAGUUACCUUGAAGGGAUGAACUGUAACGAGGGCAGGUAUGGGCGCACUGAGCCACCCCCAGACACAGACGAGUGCCACGAAGCAGUGGAAGAGUGGGUGGAGGGUGAGGGUGAGGUGCGUUGUGAAGUUCUGGAGCAGGACUCUGACCAGCAGAUAUAUGACGGGAGACCUGAGCCAGUGCUCGAUCACCAUCCACACCAUCAGUACCAUCACCAGGAGCAAGCUCUUUCUCAAACCCAGGAACAAGAGGAGGAUGAUGAGGAGAGUGAAGAGUACUGUGCUAAUGAAGAGGAGGAACCAGAGGAGGAACAAGAAAGGGAAGUCUACACUGGGGACUACUACGCCCCAGAGGACAAUGGGAACUCCAUGUAUGCAAGUCACAAGGGCAUAGAGGGUGAAACAGGUGAAGAGACGGAGGAAGACAUUGAUCAGAUUGUGGCUGAGAUUAAGAUGAGUAUGAGCAUGGGCAGCUUAAGCAGUGGGACAGAUCAGAGCCCAGAGGAGCUGGCACCCACAUCCGGGCGAUACCAGGCUGAAGCUGAGUCCAAAGCUGAACCAGCACCUUACCUACCACCACAUCGCCAUGACGGCAGACCCAAAACCCUCAACAUCCCUCCUGCUGGGCACAACCCACAGCCACAGAGGAGCUCAAAAGGGCACCUGCACACCCCAGAGGAGAGGAGGAGAUGGGCACAGGAGCAGCACGGAGACCAGGUGUCAAACAGUGCAGAGCAGCCAAGAAAACAACAACGCUCAGAUCUCAACGGACCUCUGGAGAACAACAAUGUCCCUGAGCCAUCGAAGAAGACUGCAUCUUUCCCCAGCUUUGUCGAUGUGCCAGGGCCCUGUGAACCUGAGGACCUCAUUGAUGGGAUCAUCUUCGCUGCCAACUACCUGGGUUCCACACAGCUGCUGUCAGAGAGAAACCCGUCUAAAAACAUCCGCAUGAUGCAGGCUCAGGAGGCCGUGAGCCGAGUCAAGAGAGUUCAGAAGGCAGCCAAAAUCAAGAAAAAGGCGAACUCUGAAGGGGACACACAGACGCUGACUGAGGUGGAUCUAUUUAUCUCCACCCAGAGGAUUAAAGUGCUCAAUGCUGACACACAGGAGACGAUGAUGGACAAUGCCCUGCGCACCAUCUCAUACAUCGCUGACAUCGGAAACAUUGUGGUCUUGAUGGCACGCCGACGCAUGCCGCGCUCCGCCUCACAGGACUGCAUUGAGACCACCCCAGGUGCUCCAGAGGCCAAGAAACAGUACAAGAUGAUCUGCCACGUCUUUGAAUCUGAAGAUGCCCAGCUCAUAGCCCAGUCCAUUGGUCAGGCAUUCAGUGUGGCUUACCAGGAGUUCCUCCGUGCCAAUGGCAUCAACCCAGAGGAUCUGAGCCAGAAAGAGUACAGUGACAUCAUCAACACACAGGAAAUGUACAACGAUGACCUCAUCCACUUCUCCAACUCAGAGAACUGCAAGGAGCUGCUGUUGGAAAAGCAGAAGGGUGAAAUUCUGGGUGUAGUAAUAGUGGAGUCUGGCUGGGGCUCCAUCCUGCCCACGGUGAUUCUGGCUAACAUGAUGAACGGAGGACCAGCCGCACGCUCAGGGAAGCUCAGCAUCGGAGAUCAAAUCAUGUCCAUCAACAACACUAGUCUGGUGGGACUGCCACUCGCCACCUGCCAAGGCAUCAUUAAGGGUCUGAAGAACCAGGUGCAGGUGAAACUAAACAUUGUGAGUUGCCCCCCUGUGACCACAGUCCUCAUCAAAAGACCCGACCUUAAAUACCAGCUGGGCUUUAGCGUGCAGAACGGCAUUAUAUGUAGUCUAAUGCGUGGAGGUAUUGCAGAGCGAGGAGGGGUCCGGGUUGGCCAUCGGAUCAUAGAGAUAAAUGGCCAAAGUGUGGUGGCCACAGCUCAUGAGAAGAUUGUCCAAGCAUUGUCCAACUCUGUGGGCGAGAUUCAUAUGAAGACAAUGCCAGCAGCCAUGUUCAGGCUCCUAACUGGCCAGGAGACUCCCAUGUACAUCUGACUGAAUGAAUGAUGUCUGUGGUUUAUUUUAAGACUUUUAAUGGACACGUCUGUGUCUAAGAAUUUCCAUCUUUUGUCCGAUCAUCUCUCUUCUUUCGUUUCACAGAUACAGUAAUAACUUGUCUCUCUAGUUUUCUCCUAACCACUCUAUAACAGUUGGCCAUUUCCCACUGAUUCUGUGGAUUUUGUUUGUGACGUCGUGUGUAUACACAAUGGUCGUCGAGUCAGAUGAUAAAAGGCGGGGCCAAAACGUUUUUUUUUUUCUUAUAUGCAAAUAAAAAGGGGAGCUAAUGUAUAUUUAUUUCAGCUUCCCUUUCAGCUCUUUGUUUUAUUUAUUUUUAAUUAUCGAUUAAGUGUCUUGCUCCUGUCUGUGAAGUAUGUUGGAAAGUUUGUGCUGUAAAUAUUUAUUCAUUCUGCCGGAAGAUAGGAAAAGCAAAGCCAGGGUGAGAAGUCCACCCAUGUAAUGCCCAAAAAUAGUGAGAAUUGUGUAUCUGGAACGGGAAGAGCUGUGCCAAAAAAAAAAAAAAACCCUCAGCUACACAGGUUUUUAAAGUAAGCUCCUGUUAAGAAUAUAGCUUCCUGAAAUACAAUUCUGAUGUCCUUUCAAUAAUUACUGUUUUUCUGUAAUUCAAAGCAUGUGUUUUGCUUUCCCUCUAGCAGGUACAGAGAAUUUUACAGUAAAGCCAGGUAUAAUUUUUGCUUAAGUCUAAUGUCAUACUUAAAUCUAAAAUGUUAAAAUUAAAACCAAUCAAUAAAUGACAUGAAAUUAUCCCCCAUAAACAAAACAUUGGUGUGUAGGAUGCAGAAUGCAGUUCACCGCAGUAUAGCCAGAUUUAAAUUUGUACUUUUGAAAAGGCUGACAAGACAUUACAGUUUGAGGUAUUGACUUUGGUCAAUUAGUAAGCAUUAGCAUAUCUCAAAGUGGCAUGACAUAGCCAGGGUGAUAAAGUUUUUUAUUUUCUGGAGGGUUUUUUUUUUUACUGGUGUACGAGCUUUAUUAUUUCUUGAGCAUAACUUCAGACACUUCAUGUCUCAAGUGCUGCAGUGGCUGAAGUAUCCAUGGUGCAAAUAGAUUAAAAGCAUCUUUAAAUUGCAGUAAUAAGAACACGCAUCUCUGUCUCACACAAUGGAAGUUGAAGCACCUGCUAGAGGGGAAAAGCACAUCUU